AUGGCUCUCUGCACUAUCGACACGGUUGUCGCUUUCUCCAAGUGGUCCAUCCUCAAUCCGCUACUCAGUAUCGUGUACUUAGUCGCGCUCGGAUGCGAUGCUCAGAAUUGCAAUACCUCGAACACGUGGCUUCGGCGUGGUCUUGACGCAGCCAAGGAGCUCUUACCCCAUGACGAGCUAGAGCGCAUCGCGAUAGGCAUUGCAGCUCUCACCGUUCUAGCAGGAUGGUGGCUCGCUGUGUCCUCGCAUCUAUGGUACAACCGCGUUUAUCUGCGUCCGAUCCGACGCAACGAGUGGGGAGAUCAGCUCGUCGUCAUCACCGGUGGAGCGGCAGGCAUCGGAUAUCGCACCGCCAUACGAUUUGCAGCAAAGGGCGCUAAAGUGGUUGUCAUCGAUAAACAGAAGCUGCCUAUCAUCGAGUCGCAAUCCUCGUCCCCUUCCCAUUCGACAGGGGGUUUCUCACAUUCCAACAUCUCUGCGUACAUCUGCGACCUUGCUUCGGAGGACGCGUUAGCCAAAGUGAUCAACUCGAUCCUCGCCAUCCACGGCACACCCACAGUCGUCGUCAACAAUGCCGGCUUCACCCAUUCGCAGCCCAUCACUCAGCUCUCUAUCCCUCAACUCUCGCGCCUCAUCAACGUGAAUCUCACCUCUCAUCUCUGGAUGCUCCACCACCUGCUGCCGCACAUGAUCCGGCGCUCCAAGAACGACAGCGGAAGCGCACACAUUGUCUCGACGGCGUCCGUCAUGGGCCAUACGGGUGUGUCGCAGAUGAUCGAUUAUUGCGCUUCGAAGCACGGCGUGGUGGGGUUGCAUAAGGCGUUGCGCUACGAGCUCGACUACUGUCAUCGCUGUCCGCAGAUCCGUACUACCCUGCUGGUGCUCGGACACGUGCAGACGCAGCUGUUUGAGGGGCUCAAGUACAACUGGCUGGCGAGGUUUCUGGGUCCUCCGGUGCAUCCCGAUGCUGUGGCGAAGAGGAUUGUGUCGGCGGUGCAGCACAGACGCGGAGGUACAAUCGCGAUGCCGUGGUAUGCAAACUGGUCCGAAGUGUUUGCUUUGCUCCCGAGCUGGGCCACCGAUUUUGCUCAUUGGCUGUUGGCGUCCAAUACCAGCAUGGAUUUGAUGAACAAGGCACGUCAAAAGCAGGUAUAG